AAAAAACCACAUUUUGUAGAAUUAGGGUCGUAUCGGUUCGUCGAGAAGGUCGACAAAGUCGAUAUCGUGUGGCAUACAAACAAUCAUUCCGUGUCGUAUCGUAAGAAAUCGGUAUUUAAUUUUGACCCUGAGAACAGCAAAGGAAGUUUAAGCGAUAAAAUUACUAGCGUGAAUGUUGUGGCCCAUUCGAUCGCGUUAAAAUCUAAAGAUGAUAGUAAUUUUCAAAAAAUGCUAGUCGCACGAACCCUAAAAAUAUAUAACCCAGGCGUAUCAAUUACAAAAACAGCCGAUGAAUGGUUAUUUACUGGUUACGUUGAUCCCUUUCUAAGUUUAGGAAACCUGUUAUCUAAAUUUAAUAAAGAUGUGAAAAUACCUUAUGACCGAGUAGGCUACUUAAAUACGCGCAAUAAUAGUGCGACUUAUGAUGGCCACUUUAAUGUCUUCACUGGUGCCGAUGAUAUAAGAAAAAUGGGACAGAUCCAUACGUGGAAUUACAAAAAGCAUAGUAGGAUAUUUGAGGGUGAAUGUGGUCAAGUUACAGGGUCGAUGGGUGAGUUUUUUCCACCGAUCUUAACACCUCAGGAUACCUUGUGGCUAUUCGUGCCUAAUAUUUGUCGAGCGGUACCUUUCGAUUACACGGAAAGCGUGCAAAUUCACAAUGUUAAUGCCCAUAAGUACAUCCUUGGAGAAAGACUAUUGGAUAACGGAACAUUAUUCCCUUCAAAUAAAUGCUUUUGUAAAUGUGAGUGUUCCGGGGUGUUUAACAUUGGCCCCUGCGCAUACAAUGCAUGGAUGUAUAUAUCUUUGCCCAACUUCUAUAAAGCCGAUCCCUACUAUUUGGAUGCGAUUGAAGGCUUGAAGCCAGAGAAAGAAAAGCAUGAAUUCUUUAUGACCGUAGAGCCAAACUUAGGAGUUCCUAUGGAUGUAGGUGGGGGACUUCAAGGAAAUUAUCUUUUGGAACCAAUAGAAUAUCUACCGCCUUUUGAUGGUGUACAGCGCGCAUUUAUGCCACUAAUGUGGGGUGAACAAAGAGUGCGGGUCCCACCUGAAAUGGCGGAAGGUAUUGGUUUGGUGCCGCUGAUCAUACUAAUUGGUCACAUAUUUACUGGGACAUUAUUAGCCCUUGGAUUAAUAUGCUGGUAUCCUGCGAAAUCAAUAACAUCCAACUAUUUGUGUUCCAAACAAAAAGUAGGCUUUUUAAAACGAGCUACUUCGAAUACGAAUACGAAAACAACAUCGUUACCACGGAAAUCGUCAAGCGAUUUAGAAAAUACAGAUUUGCUGCAAAAGAACAAAAUCAUUAUUUUAGGAAGUUAA